AGACGAUGAGCGGAAAGGGUGUCAAGCGUGCCUCUCCUGGUGCCGAGGAGGAGAAGAACCCUCUGGGCGAUGUCGAUAUCACCGACGAGGAUGCCGUCAAGCUUCAGGAGCUCCAGAAAUGCUACCAUCGCGUCGAGCUCGCCGUUGAGCGUCAGGCGGCAGAAAAGAUGCAGCCUGUGUACGAAAAGCGCCGCCCAGUCGUGAAAGCGAUCCAAAAGUUCUGGCCUGUUGCACUCAUGAACCACGAGAUGUUCGCCAUCCACUGCCAACACAACCUCGACCAGGUUGCGCUCGCGUACCUCGAGGAUCUCUGGGUUGUGCGCAACCCGAAGGAGUUCCGGGCUUUCACCAUUGAGUUCCAUUUCAAGGAGAAUCCGUUCUUCUCGAAUACGGUGCUAAAGAAGGAGUACAAGUAUGUGCAGUCCGAGGGUGCUAAGCAGGGCGAGCCCGACGAGAAUGGCAUCACGGACGCGAUGUUCGAAUUCUCUUGGGAGCGCGACGUUGAGCCCCAGGCAUGCAAGAUUGACUGGAAGGACGACGCGCACAACCUGACGAAACUUUACCCGCGUGUUGUCGAUGAUGCCGACGACGAGAUGCCGUCAGACGGCGGCUCCUUCUUCAACUACUUUGGGUUCGCGGACGACCCGUUCGAUCUCGGCGUGAAUGUUGCACACGACGUGUACCCCGAGGCGAUCGAGUACUUUUUGGGGGAGAAGAGUGGCGCAGAGGUGGAUUCUGAGGAUGAGGAGGACGAGGAGGACGAUGACGAGGAGGAUGCGGAGAUCGACCUCGAGAAGCCUCGGGUGAAGAAGCGGAAGGUGUGAGUGUGGCAGGUCUCCGAUGUACUUGCAGUGCGGCUAUUCGAGUGCUUCGACGGUGCUGCAUGUUUGAGUAUAGGUCUCUGUUGUACUUGCUCCGACGGUGUUGCCUGUCUGAGUAUUC